AUGGAUCAGUAUCGAAUCAAUCCGUCGAGUUACGGUGAAACAAACUGCUUCAGAGGACAAGUCAAACAUAUUGAGUAUGGGAGAUUUGACUUCUCCGGUUCAGACGUCCAGGCUCAUGGCGCAGAGCUGCGGCCUGUGGUGGUCUGUGCAGAGGACUCUAUGACCCUCACUGUGAGGAGGACCAGAGCUGGGCAGCUCCGGGUCAGCACAGGAAAUGAUUCGUCUCUUGAUCUGUCAAAGUUGCCGCCGCAGUGUGGAUUCUCCAUUUACAAAAGUUUGAGAGAAGUGUCCAUAACUGUUAAGUACAACGGCUGCCUUGUCACAGUGCAGAACAGUCGUCAUUGGUUGCCUUUGCGGUGGCGGAGGACUCCAGUGAGGAUGUCAUGUCCAUUGUCUCCAAAGAAGUCCCGCGCGUUGGCCGACCUCUCCAGCUGCUGCUCCCCUUCUGAUCUAACUGUCCACAUUCAGGGCUCCUCUCUAUUCAAGGAGCCCAGUGUAAAUGUUCGAGGUGAGUGGACUCCCCUUUUGGAGUUGGUUCAGCACUGUGGAUAUAGAUUAAACGGCAGAGAAGCAGAGAUUGUGAUCACGGUGCCAUUUCUCGCAUGUGGAAUCACAUCAAGGGAAGGACAUCAUGCACUUUUUCUUAAAAUAAUAGAGGAUGUAUUUAUGUUCACAUGUCCCAUAUCUUCAGCCAAAAAGUCACAAUCGAAUAUAGUUUCUCAAUCUGUUCCUACUAAAACUGACCUUGUGCCCAAAAACCUGAAGCCGAAUCAAUGGGCACCACCAUUUUACCUGGCCCCGCCCCUUUAUCCUCACCCUACACGCAACCACAGGGCUCGUGUCCUGGGCAGUAUGCCGGCCACUCCUACCAUGGCCACAUAUGAAUUGCCACAUAAAACUCCACUGCAGGCUGUACGUAAUGACCAUCCACGCCCAUCUGAGGAGAACCCCAACAUGCGGACAUCCCUGGGAGAUUCAGCUCGCUUUUCUCACCAGUUCAAAGAUGCUUUGUCAGUGAACAAUCAUCCAGCUCCCACAAAGACCUCCAUUCCUUCUGUGCAACCUCACUAUGUUUUCCAUCCGUACUACCGCUAUUACCACCUUCCUAAAAUCCCACAGAGAGACUGGUCCCUGAAUACUGCCUCUGCUACAGAAUCUUACCACUCCACCGAUCUGAGGAAAUACAGCGUGGAGCACCACAACAGGAGGAUGACUCCACCUUCGACUGAAGGUACUUUUGCGCCAGUGACUGCCUCUGAAAACCGGCCUUUUCUGCCACACAUGUACUACCCCCUGGCCUAUAACCCCUACCAUUUAAACGAUGGUCCUCAAAGUGAAAGCCAUCAGUUUACAGCUUCCACUUCUCCACCACAAAUGACGGCCCCUAUUUUUCCAAGUGAAGACGCGGUGCAUAUGUUUGGUUCAGUCUCUCAGUCUGAAGAUCCUCAGCCGUUUGCACCAGCACAUGAUGCAGAUGAAGCAAAUCUGCUUAAUAAAAAAGACUCUCCUUCACAUGUGGACUUCCUCAUGAAAGAGUGGUUCAAUCAGGUCACUUCAGUGACCUAUGGUGUAGUUCCACCCAUUCUACCGACGUCUGGAGGAUCUCUGGAUUCUCUUGAAGCCAAUAUGCAAGAUCAGUCUGGUGCCCGUGCUGCUCCGCUCGCUGCCACGCCCCGUUGCCCUGGCACCGGCUCACGUUUCCACUGCUCUGUCGCUUAUAGCUGCUUUGCUUUGCUGGAGAAGGAUUGCAUUUUGGAAGCGUAUCUUUUGUUUACUUUACCAAAGUUUGUGGUUGACCCAAAAGUGUUGCACCCUGAUCACUAUGAAGAGGCAGAUGAAGUGUCCUGUGCGAUUGGCCGACUGACCUCCAGUCCACAAGUGUUCUUUGUUCCCCUAAAGGGCUGUGGCAUCAAAAAACAAGUCAUUGACGCAUUGAUUGUUUAUCGCCUAGAACUUGAAACCCGUGUCUCUGACGAUUCGUUGAGGAUGAUGGUGGAGUGUAGUCUAUGUCCUGGAUUACUCGGGGAACAGACUCUCUCUCCACUGGAGCCAUUGCCCUCACUGAGCACUGCUGCCGUCCCUGUGCGCAUGAGGGUAGCAACAGACAAGUCUGUGAGCUUCCUCCCUGAGCCCCAUGCUGCCUUGAGCACGAUACAAGGCAGACUGGUGUUUCUGGAGCUCAGCCUGCAUCCUCCAGACCUCGAUGUGGUGCUGUUGGUCCACUACUGUCUGGCCUAUACUUUAACCCCGUAUUCCAGUGCAAUGCUUGUUUAUGAUUGUUGUCCAUCUGGAGGGGAUCUGCAGCCUCCAACAUUGAUCUAUCCAAACACUCACUAUAUCAUGGUCACCAGUUUCCUGUCCCCAACUUCCCCAAGUCCUUUGAGCAUACAUGAUGCAGACCCAGAGGUUUACUUCUAUUGCUUUGUUGAGGUGUGCUCUGCGUUACACGGUGUCUGCGCUGAGGGGUGCGUCAAUUGCCCUGAUUGA